GUGACUGGUGCACCCUCGAUGGCCCUGGCACCGUCGGUGACCAGUGCACCCCCGAUGGCCGUUGGACCCUCGGUGACCUGUGCACCCUGCAUGGCUGUGGCACCCUCGGUGACCGUGGCACCCUCGAUGGCACUGACACCCUCAGUGACUGUAGGACACUCGGUGACCCUGGCACCCACGAUGGCCGUAGCUUCCUCGGUAGCCCCCGGCGGGCUGCCUCUUCUGGACCCCGACGUGAGUCCCCGGCCAUCUCCCCCAGACGUGUUCGCCAGCUUCGCGCCACACCCGGCCGCCCUGGGCCCCUCGACGCUGCUGGCUGAGCAGUUGAACGUGAUCGGCAGUCGAAAAAAGAGCGUGAACAUGACUGAGUGUGUGCCGGUGCCCAGCUCGGAGCAUGUCGCGGAGAUCGUGGGUCGUCAGGGGUGCAAGAUCAAGGCUUUGCGCGCCAAGACCAAUACCUACAUCAAGACUCCGGUGCGCGGCGAGGAGCCGGUCUUCAUCGUGACGGGGCGCAAGGAGGACGUGGAGAUGGCCAAGCGGGAGAUCCUGUCGGCCGCCGAGCACUUCUCGCUUAUCCGUGCCACUCGCAGCAAGGCGGGCGGGCUGUCGGGGGCCACCGCAGGUCCCCCCAACCUGCCCGGCCAAACUACCAUCCAGGUGCGCGUGCCCUACCGAGUGGUGGGGCUGGUGGUGGGGCCCAAGGGCGCCACCAUCAAACGGAUCCAGCAAAGGACGCACACAUACAUCGUGACCCCUGGCCGUGACAAGGAGCCAGUGUUUGCAGUGACCGGGAUGCCCGAGAACGUUGACCGUGCAAGGGAGGAGAUCGAGGCACACAUCACACUGCGCACAGGGGCCUUCACGGACGCAGGGCCCGACAGCGACUUCCACGCCAAUGGUACUGACGUGUGUCUGGACCUGCUGGGAGCCGCAGCCAGCCUCUGGGCCAAGGCCCCCCAUCCGGGACGGAGGCCCCCAGCCUCCACCAGCGGCCUGCGUGGGGACAGUGUCUUGGGCGCAGCCAGCACCCCUGAGCCCUUCUAUGUGGGCAGCCGUGGAGGGCCGCCCCUGCCGGACCCGAGUCCCAGCAGCCCCUAUGGGGGCUCGGGCAACGGGGGCUUCACGUUUGGUGGGGACGGACCCGGAGCCCCCACGGGGACAGCCAACCCCGAGGACUGCGACUUUGGUUUUGACUUCCUUGCGCUGGACCUAACUGUGCCUGCCACGGCUACCAUUUGGGCACCCUUUGAGCGAGCCGCACCCCUGCCAGCCUUCAGCGGCUGCCCCGCCAUCAACGGGGCACCCGCACAACCCAGCACAGGCGCACGGCGCAGCAGCAGCGGAGCCGCCAGCACGCCACGCCACUCACCCACGCUGCCCGAGCCCGGAGGACUGAGCCUGGAGCUGCCCCUGGCACGCAGAGGUGUCCCAGAUCCAGUGGGUGCUGUGCCUUGGCGACCCCCGCAGAGCACACUGCCGCCCUUCUCUGGCAGCACCACUUUCUCCACGGCCCCCUCUCUGCCCAGCACCGCCCCGGUGUCCUCCACCCUGGACACUGUUGCCUCGGAGGGCAACCACAAGCCAUCCACCACAGCGGCGAACUCCUCUGCAUCCGCAGCAGCCCCCAGCCCGCCUGCAGCAGCCUUGGCUCGUGAAUGCGUGGUAUGCGCAGAGGGUGAGGCUAUGGCUGCGUUGGUGCCCUGCGGCCACAACCUUUUCUGCAUGGAUUGUGCUGUCCGCAUCUGUGGGAAGAGUGAGCCAGAGUGUCCCGCCUGCCGCACACCGGCUACCCAAGCCAUUCGCGUCGAGGCCAUCAGCUUGCGGCCCAGCGGCAGCGCCUCCGCUCUUGACAAGUGACAGUAUUGAGUGAACCGGUGACAAUAAAACCGGAGAAUUCUCUGUUUGCACUUUUUAUUAAGACACCCCUCCCCGUUUCCGGGGUGAUCUUAAAACAAAAAAAUAACACGAUAUUUACAACUCUCACUGGAUUUAACAGUGUGGAUUCUUGUAGAAACUUCCAGAAAAAGGCAGGUGGCUUUUCCCCCUCGACAUACACACUCCCUUUUUUGGGGGCAAAUAUAUACCGUUUUGUACAUCAGCCACGGGGUGGCCAGAGGAGGGCAAGGGGAGGGUAUCAAGGGGUGUCCCAUCAACAAAUUUAUAGCUUUUGUUUUAUUGUGGUUUUUUUGGUUUUAUUUUUGUUUUUUUAAAUUAAGACUCAGUGUUGCAGUUUUUUUGUUGUUUUUUAAAAAGGUUUUUAAAAUUUUUUUAUUGUUAUUUUUACUUCCUAUUUCCUGUGUAUAUGUAGGGAAUUUAUAUUAGAUAAUGUACUUUACGGAAUAAAUUUUAAGAACUAAAAUAUAUUUUAUUUUAAAUAAAGCAACGGACCUUUAAUCUUUGACAGCUAAAUCACUGAUUAUAUAUUUGCUGAACUGAUUUAAGGGUUUAAAAAAAUUGUAUCAAGAGUUUUAUUUUUGGACUUGACUGCCUUCUUAAUAAAGUUGUUUUCCUAUAUGUAA